AUGAAGAGCCUCUGUCUGUUAGUCUUGGGGGUCUACUUGCUGUCCUCCUGUAGGUCAGAAGAGGGGCUGAACUUCCCCACCUAUGAUGGCAAGGACCGUGUGGUUAGUCUGACUGAGAAGAAUUUCAAGCAGAUUCUGAAGAAAUAUGACUUGCUUUGUCUCUACUACCAUGAACCUGUGUCUUCAGAUAAAGUCUCACAGAAACAGUUCCAGAUGAAGGAGAUUGUGCUGGAGCUUGUGGCCCAGGUCCUGGAGCAUAAAGAUAUUGGCUUUGUGAUGGUGGAUGCCAAGAAGGAAGCCAAGCUUGCCAAGAAAUUGGGUUUUGAUGAAGAAGGAAGUCUGUAUGUUCUGAAGGGUGAUCGUACAAUUGAAUUUGAUGGCGAGUUUGCAGCUGAUGUCUUGGUGGAGUUUCUUUUGGAUCUAACCGAAGAUCCCGUGGAGAUCAUCAACAACAAGCUAGAAGUACAAGCCUUUGAACGUAUUGAGGAUCAGAUCAAACUUAUUGGCUUUUUCAAGAGUGAGGACUCUGAAUAUUUCAAGGCUUUUGAGGAAGCAGCUGAACACUUCCAGCCCUACAUCAAAUUUUUUGCUACCUUUGACAAAGGGGUUGCAAAGAAAUUGUCUUUGAAGAUGAACGAGGUGGAUUUUUAUGAGCCAUUUAUGGAUGAGCCCAUUGCUAUCCCUGACAAGCCUCACACAGAAGAAGAACUGGUGGACUUUGUGAAGGAGCACCAAAGGCCCACCCUACGCCGUCUGCGUCCAGAAGAUAUGUUUGAAACAUGGGAAGAUGAUUUGAAUGGAAUUCACAUAGUGGCCUUUGCCGAAAGGAGUGACCCAGAUGGCUAUGAAUUCCUCGAGAUCUUGAAGCAGGUGGCCCGGGAUAAUACUGACAACCCUGACCUGAGCAUCGUGUGGAUAGAUCCAGACGACUUCCCUCUGCUUAUUGCUUAUUGGGAACAGACUUUUAAGAUUGACCUCUUCAAGCCACAGAUUGGAGUGGUGAAUGUGACCGACGCUGACAGCGUUUGGAUGGAGAUUUCAGACGAUGAUGAUCUGCCCACUGCUGAAGAGCUAGAAGACUGGAUUGAGGACGUGCUUUCAGGAAAGAUAAAUACGGAAGAUGAUGACAAUGAUGAAGAUGACGAAGAGGAUGAAGAGGAUGAUAAUGAUGAUAUUUCUGAUGAAGAUAAUAACAACAGUGAUGAGGAUGAGGAUGAGGAUGAAUAG